CGCAGCUGAAUUGGAGUUAAAGCGAAAGUAAACAUUAAUGGCGUAUUUUCAGCUUGUUCCAGUCAGUUUUAUUGUUUUAAACGGAAUAAGAAGACAGUUUAAGGGUGUAAACUAUUGUGGAGAGCCUAGCUAACUAGAAACCCGCCUCUUUUACCGGAGCCGUACUCCGCCCCGCCGCUGCUGUUUACACUGCCUGAGCUAAAAUAACUGAGGGUGGGGUGUUUACUGCCAGACCCCCGUUCAUCACUUCAGAAACGAGUAGAGCGUUUUCUCUGUUAGGAGUUCCGCUUCACCAGAUUUACAACAGCUCACACCGUUUGUGUAUAUAUCUCUUUCUCUAGGGAGGUGGUACAUAAUUUAUCAUGAGCCGGCAAAAAAAAAUUACUGAGGAUUUUCUUUCUCCUCAACUGAUGAAAUGUGGUGCUCAGAAGUAUCUGGAGGAGAUUGGCAGUUUUGUGUCCAAACAUUCUGGGGCAAAGAUUAAACUGAAAAAAGUGGAAAGAUACAAUUUCAGGGUGGGAUCCCUCAAAGACACAUCAUACAAAAACACUGACCUCUUACAGGAGUGGGAGCAGUUCUAUCUUCCAGAUGAGAUGAAAAUGGUAGUAAUUGGUGUUUUAGAGAAUUUCCCUUGUGGUGAGGACAGUGCUGAGCUGGUUCUUAUGGUGUGUGAAGACGGGAAUGUGUUCGCCUAUGAGGAUGAACGUCUUCAUCUGGUUGCCAGCAGCCUGAAAGAGCUGUUUGAGAGUGGGGUCCAGUUUCCAGGCAGCAAGUACUACUACCGUGGCCAGAGCUUUGAGGACAUGACUAAAGAUGACUGGAAUGAGGUGAAACAAUCCAAGGAAGCGAUGGAGAAGCAUAAGAAACACCAGGAUAUGUUGGAGUCCAUAAAGCCUACCUUGUUGAAGAACCUGGAGAUCAUUAAAGAAAGACAGCAAGGAGAGCCACCAUCUGAAGGGAGUGAAAUGAGUGUUCCACUGCUUGUUUCUUGAAAACACAAUGUCAACAAUGUGAAACCAUUAUUAUCAGUAAAUGUCAGUAUUACGCGUUAUUGUCUUCAAAUGAAACAUAAACUUUUAUUUUAUUCUUUAUUUACAUCCAAACAAGAUGAAAUGGCAAUGACUGUAGAAUGAGUAAUUUUGAAAUAAGAAAUGUAAAUAGAAAUUUCAAAGUGCAGUUAAGCAAGCUAAGAUGAAAUACAAAGGAAGACUAGAAAGUAAACUGCACAUGAAGAAUAAAAGGGGUGUAUGAAAGAAUUUGCAACAGAUAACGAAUUACAAGAUAGAAAGGAGUGUUCAGAGGUCUGAUCUAUUACUCCCUGACAGGCUUAAUGAUUUAUUUUGUAGAUUUGAUUUGAAGUUGGGACCUUUUUUUUUAUUAUUCCCAUCUCCUAUAAUCAUUAGUGAGCAUAAGCAUAUUUAGAUCUUUGCUUAGAAGGCAGAACUGAAGAAAGGCUGCUGGACCUGAUCAAAUUCUGUGCGUAUUCGCUCUCCUAUAUCCUAUAUAACCUAUAUAACUUACAUUGUUAAUCAGUCAUUUAAAACAUGUAAAGUUCCAUCUUGCUUUAAACAUGCGUACUGUGUCUUAAUGAUUACAGACCUGUGGCUCUUACUUCUAUUGUUAUUAAAGUCUUUGAAAGAUUGAUUAGUAGGCAUCUUUCUGAGGUGGGCACAUAUAUGUAUCAGUUUGCAUAUUGUGUCAAUAGGUCAACCGAGGAUGCUGUAUCACUUUUUAACAUGUAUAUUCAUUUAUAACUGAUAUCCAUUUAUAAUCAUCCAUGCUGCUAUAGCAACUUGCACUUAAUGUUGCUGCUACUUCACUACGGCAUUAUAUUUUGUGUAUUUAUCUUAUUAUCUGUCAACUUAACAAUGUUAUCAGUGUUAUUUAAUAAUAGUGGUAAUAAAUAAUUAAGGUUGUACAUACUUGCAAAAAUGGCAAUGAGUUCCUUAUUGCUCUCUCACAAUAAAUUAGCUUAAAAAAAGAACCACAUUGCUAUUGGUGCUGAGUGGCUUCUCUGUAACCCAUUUGCUAUUGGGCUGCAAGGUUGUGGGUUCAAUCCUAAUCUCUGCAGUCAGCGUGGAACUGUACAAAUGUACAGUACAGGCCAAAAGUUUGGACACACCUUCUCUUUUUAAUGGGUUUUCUUUAUUUUCAUGUGGAGUUUUAUGUACCUAACAAAAAAAGGUGAAAUAACUAACUAAAAAUAUAUAUAUUUAUAUUCUAGUUUCUUGAAAUUAGCCAACCUUUGCCCUGAUUCUCUCAAUGAGCUUGAAAAGAGAAGAGGUGGUCACUUGAAAUGGUUUUCCAAGUCUUGAAGGACUUUCCAUAGGUGUUUAGCACUUGUUGCCCCUUUGCCUUCACUCUGCGGUCCAGCUCACCCCAAACUAUCUGGAUUGGGUUCAGGUCCGGUGACUGUGGAGGCCAGGUCAUUUUUUGUGUUCACUCAUAGUUUUGAUGCCUUCAGUGAGAAUCUACAAUGUAAAUAUUCAUGAAACUAAAGAAAACUCAUUGAAUGAAAAUGUGUGCCCAAACUUUUGGCUUGUACUGUACAUUACCAUUUGUCUAAAUUGUGCAAAACUACUCACAAAGUGCUUGGACCCAGAUGAUCGCUGCAUGUGGCUAUAUUUUUUUAUUUAUAUUUAUUGUAUAUUAACUUCCAUGUAAUAAUCAAAAUUAAUAAAUAAAACAGACACAAAUGUACAUUGGAUGUACAGAGGUGUUUUUUUGUGUGAGUUAUUAAAACAAAAAAGGUAAGUACAAUAUUGACAUCUUUCUUAUUUGUGCAUUAAAGUUAACCUGAAAUAAAAAUGUAUCUUUUUUCAGUGUUAGUGUCACAGUUUAGCCCAUGUCUGUCAUGUUUCUCCCUCAUUUGGUCUCUUGUGCUCCUGCCCUCUGUUUACCUGUCAUGUUUCCCAGCCAUGUGCUAUUGUUGUGUUUUGGUCCUGUCUCCGCCCUAGCCCCACCCUGUCAUUAGUUAUUUGUAACCCCGCCCCCUCUUGAUUGAUCCUCAGGUGUUUCCAGUUUCCUGUUCCCUCCAUGUCUAUAUAAGCCCCUUUGUUUCAAGCCUUCUUUGUCUAGUCUUUUGUUGGUUUGUUUGCUGUCUGUGGUCAGGUUUGUUUCAUGCUGUUUCUUAGAUUCCUGUUUUCAAGUUUAAUGUUUUGUAGUUUUGUAUUCAGUGUAACUUUGGUUUAUCUUGUUUGUUUGUUAAUUUGUUUUAGUUUAUUAAUUUAAUAAAUAUAAUUAUUCUGCA